ACCGGCGCCGAACUCAGUUCCAUCCCGUCCGUCGGCCAGUAAACAAGUGAUCUCCUCUACUGCUCCGUGUCCGCGCUCGAAACUGUCCAAGGGCUACCGUGUAUGUGCGCGUGUGUGUGCGUGUGUGUAUGCUGGCGUAAACCAGUGCUUAAAACAACAUACCGAACCGGCUUCUUCUCGUGCGCGCAGGCGUAAGCGCACCAACUCUCUUUCUCUCGCGCACGUUAUCUCGCGCUCAGCGCAAAACAAGGUGUACAGAGAAAGGGCACGAGGUAAAAGGCAUCCCCAACCCCCCGACCGACCGUGGGGAGAUUCGUGUGACUGUGUGCGUGUGUGUGUGAGUGAGCGGCGGGGUUGUUUCGUUCGCUCAAAAACGCUGCCCUGCAUCACGGCACUGUUCAGUUCGUUCGUGCAUUCCGGUCCCAGUGCUGCUAGUAGUGUGACCCUGUGCUGCUGCUGUCUCUCUGUUACCCCACUUUGUGCACGGUGUGAUCCGACAUAUCCCCUCCGCACCAACCAAGCACAACGUGAUUACCUCAUCGCGCAUCCGCAAAGUGUGUCAACGCAUGGCCGCGCGCAGAUGGUUGGAAAAGUGAUUCUAGCGCGCUAACUGGCCACGGUUAGUGAUAACGGGUGCCAUCACGCUAUCAGUGCAGUGCAAAAGUGUCGUACAGUGGUGAAAGAUAACUGAAAAAAACACACCCACGCCACAGGGUAAUUGAAUAAUAAGUACGUUAAACGGUAGUGAUAUUGGUGUGCAAUAAGUGAUAAAAGUAGAACGCAAAGUGUAUCCCGAUAAACAUGGGGUUGAAUAACCGCGACAAGCAGGCAAAGCUGAAAACUCAGAGCCUGCUAGACUCCGAGCGAGCCGGACAGCAAACGGUGACGACGGUAACGGUGGAUCAUGGUACGGUCGCGAUGCCACUGGAGUCGAUGGCAACCGUCAGCUCAUCGACGGCGAACAACAGCAGUUCGUUCCAGCAGUCGUCAUCGCCGUCCUCCUCGACGACCUCGAAGGUCCAGUCCAGUGCAGUGGAAAGUACAGUGCAGCGCAAGUCCUCCGAUGGGCGCGUGAUCAGUGAAGUGCGUGAGCAAGGCUCCAAGAAGGAUGGGCCAAAGUUCAGCACCGUCAGCAGCAUGCGCAGUGAGGCUAACCGGGCCAAACAGAUCGAUAGCUUCAUCGAGGAGAUACAUCACAUCGCGAGUGAUACGAUCGGCUCGACCGCACUGAUCGGUGCCCCGGCCGGUAUGGAGCUGCCCGCCGGGACGGUCACACAGAAAACGGUGCUGCUCAGUGGUGGUGAAAGUGCGCGCAAGCAAUCGUACGUCAGUGAGAGUGUUGGCGGUGGUCAUACCACCCUCCAGUCCAGUGUGUCCGGUGAUGCUAGUCAGCAGGUGAUAUCGACCAUCGGGCCGAGCAAGAUCGAGAUCUCGAAAAUGGCCCUUGACAGCAGUGCCGUGUCGAGCAGUAGCACCAGCAAAGUCAUGCAAAGUAGCAGCAGUGCCAUAACGAAGCAAGAGCAGCAGCAAUCAUCAUCAUUGUCAUCUUCAUCGCAGAGUGCGAUGCAUAGUGAGAAAAAUGUGUCCGAAUCUAGUGCAAUCUCCAGUUCACACAAGUCUGAGUCGAAGCAGAGCAAAAGCUCCCACACGACCUCGUCGUCGUCGUCGUCGUCGAGCACCAGCAAACUGAUGUCGAGUGCUCAAAGCAAGGCUCAGUCUGUGUCGGAAACAUUCCAAUCGUCCGCACAUGGUACGAGCGACAGUGCACAGUCCGGACGACAGACGGAUACGCUGUCGAUGAACGGUGGUAGACAGUCGCUGUCCACAGUACAGUCAUCACACCUGCCGGACCAUUCCACGUACGAUCAGAAAUCAUUCCAGCUGGUGGAUGGAGAUGGCAAGACCCGCCAGCAGCAUGACAGCCAGAGCUACUCGAUGGCACAGAGUCAAGCGCCGACCACGAAAAUCGUGUACGAUUCGGCGGGUAAUCAGAUCACGAGCACUUCCUCCUCGUACCAAGCCGCGCAGGGCUACAGUACCUCCUCGUUCCAGACGGAGUUCUCCGACGGAGUCGAUUUGUCGAAGUCGGCCAAGGACAGUUCCGCUGGAACGGCCAAGCUUCGCCAGACGGCGAACAACCAGAAUCAAGUGCUGUACGAUACAGCGGGCAACCGGAUCACGACCACCGGCUCCUCAUCGUAUCAAGCGGCGCAAGGUUACAGUUCCUCGUCCUUCCAGAGCUCCGAAGCGAUGGACUCAAAGUCAUCGAAGGACUACAUGUCCUCUACCAGUACAUCCACGAAGCAGAGUCACAAUGUGUCCACUUCCAAGGGUAUGACGUCCAGCAGCGCAAAGGACUCUAUCAUCGACUCAACCACACUGGACAACUACUCGGUGCAGUUGCACGAUUCGUCCACCGGUCAGCAACACUCCAACAAUAUGCUCAUGAAAACGGAGUCGGCCCACACCGUGGCCAGCCUUUCGUCGGCACACGACGCACUGGCCAGUACGAUCCAGAGCACGCAGCUCAUUACGGAAUCGGCGAGCGAGGCGCAGCAGCGCCAGCAACACUCCGAGUCGACCAAAACGUACGAAACGUCCUCGCACUAUGCGCAGAUGGACGAGGAAAGCCGUUCCCGGCGCAAGACGUCCGAGUAUCGCGAGCAGCGCGAAUCGAAUGCCGCCAUCCUGAAGCGCAAGAUCUACGACGAGCACGGGCGGCGGCUGAACUUGAUCGAUGAGAAAAUUGUGCCGAAAGACAUCGUGACGGCGGACCUGCAGGACGACGUGACGAACGUGACCAAAACGUCGUUCGAGGCGAAACUGUUCAACCCGAAGCUGAAGCGAUGGGAGCUGGUCGACCAGAAGACGAUACUGGAGAAGGACAUUACCACCGACAUACCGGUGGAGAUCGUCCAGGAGCUGGAGGUGGAGCGUCCCGAGCUGGCCAACAUCACCACGACGAUUCAGAUGACGAAGGUAUACGAUGCCAAGACCAAGCAGUGGAAAACGAUCGAUCAGAAGAAGCACAUCGAUGUGCUGGAAAAGAUCACCUUCCUGGAGGAAAGCUCCGGACGCUCGGAGCUGGACGAGUCGGAGCGAACGAAAAACAUGAAAUCCAUGGACAUGGUGGACCGUGUGACAAUCAAGGAGGUGAGCGAUCUAAGCGAUCAGAAACGAAACCAGAUCAACAAAACGUCCAAACGCACAGACCAACAAACCAUCCAGGAGCAGUGCAUCUGCGAAAUCUGUACCUGCGGACGGCAUAACUGCUACAACUGUGGAGGAGGUACUGCAACGACACAAACUAAAUCCUCAAAAUAUACUGCCACGAGCAAUUCGGAAAAUGUUUACCAUCAAGAAAAUUUCACAUCAGAGCUCAGUGCGCAAGCAACGUCGGGAAGACGAGGAACAUGGACAAUAGAAGAUGCAGAAGAUCAUCUGAAUCGAAGGGAAUCGUACACGAUUGAACAUAGCAGCACCGCAAACGAAACAUCGGAACGCAGACUCACGUGGACGAAGGAUGAUUUGGAAAAGGUUGAUGUCACGAAGCUUAAAGCUGACUACAUGCGACCAAAACCAAUCAAGCAUGAAGAUAAUCUCAAGCCCGAAGGAGCAUUUACGGUGCCGGAACGAGCAGGAUACACCCCAGGGGAGCGUGUCAAGCCGAUAAAACCCGAUGACAACCUUCGUCCAGAGGGCGAGUUCUCUACUCCAGAGAAGCUUCAGUACAGACCGGCCGAGCGUCCAAAGCAGGUUCGACCUGAGGAUAACCUCAGACCGGAAGGAGACUUCGAGAAACCUGAGAAGCCUCAAUACAGACCGGCCGAGCGUCCGAAACAGAUCAAACCUGAGGAUAACCUGCGUACUGAGGGAGAGUUCCAGGCUCCUGAGCGUCCAGAGUAUCGUCCUGGAGAGCGACCGAAGCCUGUGCGUCACGAUGAUAAUCUUCGUCCCGAGGGAGACUUCGAGCGUCCCGAGAAAUCACCAUUCCGACCAGCCGAGCGACCGAAGCAGGUUCGUCCUGAGGACAAUCUUCGUCCAGAGGGCGAGUUCUCUACUCCAGAGAAGCCUCAGUAUAGACCGGCCGAGCGUCCGAAGCAGGUUCGACCUGAGGAUAACCUCAGACCGGAAGGAGAGUUCGAGAAGCCUGAGAAGCCUCAGUACAGACCGGCCGAGCGUCCGAAGCAGAUUAAACCUGAGGAUAACCUGCGCACUGAGGGAGAGUUCCAGGCUCCUGAGCGUCCAGAGUAUCGUCCUGGAGAGCGACCGAAGCCUGUGCGUCACGAUGAUAAUCUUCGUCCCGAGGGAGACUUCGAGCGUCCCGAGAAAUCACCAUUCCGACCAGCCGAGCGACCGAAGCAGGUUCGUCCUGAGGACAAUCUUCGUCCAGAGGGCGAGUUCUCUACUCCAGAGAAGCCUCAGUACAGACCGGCCGAGCGUCCGAAGCAGAUUCGACCUGAGGAUAACCUCAGACCGGAAGGAGAGUUCGAGAAGCCUGAGAAGCCUCAGUACAGACCGGCCGAGCGUCCGAAGCAGAUCAAACCUGAAGAUAACCUGCAUACUGAAGGAGAGUUCCAGACUCCUGAGCGUCCAGAGUAUCGUCCUGGAGAGCGACCGAAGCCCAUAAGACCUGAUGAUAAUCUUCGUCCUGAAGGAGACUUCGAGCGUCCCGAGAAAUCUCCAUUCCGACCAGCCGAGCGACCGAAGCAGGUUCGUCCUGAAGACAAUCUUCGUCCAGAGGGCGAGUUCUCUACUCCAGAGAAGCCUCAGUAUAGACCGGCCGAGCGUCCGAAGCAGGUUCGUCCUCAAGAUAACCUCAAGCCCGAAGGUGAUUUCGAACGACCUCAGCCUACGAUUGUAGGAAAGGCCGAGAGAGCUCAGAUUGUUCGUCACGAGGGCAAUCUGUAUAUGGAAGGCAACUUCGAACGUACUGAGAAAACGGUUUACAUAUCUGGCGAGCGACCGAAGCCCAUAAGACCUGAUGAUAAUCUUCGUCCCGAGGGAGACUUCGAGCGUCCCGAGAAAUCUCCAUUCCGACCAGCCGAGCGACCGAAGCAGGUUCGUCCUGAGGACAAUCUUCGUCCAGAGGGCGAGUUCUCUACUCCAGAGAAGCCUCAGUACAGACCGGCCGAGCGACCGAAGCAGGUUCGACCUGAGGAUAACCUCAGACCGGAAGGAGAGUUCGAGAAGCCUGAGAAGCCUCAGUACAGACCGGCCGAGCGUCCGAAGCAGAUCAAACCUGAAGAUAACCUGCGUACUGAAGGAGAGUUCCAGGCUCCUGAGCGUCCAGAGUAUCGUCCUGGGGAACGACCGAAGCCUGUGCGUCACGAUGAUAAUCUUCGUCCCGAGGGAGACUUCGAGCGUCCCGAGAAAUCUCCAUUCCGACCAGCCGAGCGACCGAAGCAGGUUCGUCCUGAGGACAAUCUUCGUCCAGAGGGCGAUUUCUCUACUCCAGAGAAGCCUCAGUAUAGACCGGCCGAGCGACCGAAGCAGGUUCGUCCUCAAGAUAACCUCAAGCCCGAAGGUGAUUUCGAACGACCUCAGCCUACGAUUGUAGGAAAGGCCGAGAGAGCUCAGAUAGUUCGUCACGAGGACAAUCUGUACAUGGAAGGCAACUUCGAACGUACUGAGAAAACGGUUUACAUAUCUGGCGAGCGACCGAAGCCCAUAAGACCUGAUGAUAAUCUUCGUCCCGAGGGAGACUUCGAGCGUCCCGAGAAAUCACCAUUCCGACCAGCCGAGCGACCGAAGCAGGUUCGUCCUGAGGACAAUCUUCGUCCAGAGGGCGAUUUCUCUACUCCAGAGAAGCCUCAGUAUAGACCGGCCGAGCGUCCGAAGCAGGUUCGUCCUCAAGAUAACCUCAAGCCCGAAGGUGAUUUCGAACGACCUCAGCCUACGAUUGUAGGAAAGGCCGAGAGAGCUCAGAUAGUUCGUCACGAGGACAAUCUGUACAUGGAAGGCAACUUCGAACGUACUGAGAAAACGGUUUACAUAUCUGGCGAGCGACCGAAGCCCAUAAGACCUGAUGAUAAUCUUCGUCCCGAGGGAGACUUCGAGCGUCCCGAGAAAUCACCAUUCCGACCAGCCGAGCGACCGAAGCAGGUUCGUCCUGAAGACAAUCUUCGUCCAGAGGGCGAGUUCUCUACUCCAGAGAAGCCUCAGUACAGACCGGCCGAGCGUCCGAAGCAGGUUCGUCCUCAAGAUAACCUCAAGCCCGAAGGCGAUUUCGAACGACCUCAGCCUACGAUUGUAGGAAAGGCCGAGAGAGCUCAGAUUGUUCGUCACGAGGACAAUCUGUACAUGGAAGGCAACUUCGAACGUACUGAGAAAACGGUUUACAUAUCUGGCGAGCGACCGAAGCCCAUAAGACCUGAUGAUAAUCUUCGUCCUGAGGGAGACUUCGAGCGUCCCGAGAAAUCACCAUUCCGACCAGCCGAGCGACCGAAGCAGGUUCGUCCUGAGGACAAUCUUCGUCCAGAGGGCGAGUUCUCUACUCCAGAGAAGCCUCAGUACAGAACGGCCGAGCGUCCGAAGCAGGUUCGACCUGAGGAUAACCUCAGACCGGAAGGAGACUUCGAGAAGCCUGAGAAGCCUCAGUUCAGACCGGCCGAGCGUCCGAAACAGAUCAAACCUGAGGAUAACCUGCGCACUGAGGGAGAGUUCCAGGCUCCUGAGCGUCCAGAGUAUCGUCCUGGAGAGCGACCGAAGCCUGUGCGUCACGAUGAUAAUCUUCGUCCCGAGGGAGACUUCGAGCGUCCCGAGAAAUCACCAUUCCGACCAGCCGAGCGACCGAAGCAGGUUCGACCGGAAGAUAACCUUAAACCAGAGGGAAGUUUUGAAAAACCAGAGAAGCCUCAGUACAGACCGGCAGAAAGACCGAAGCAAGUGAAACCCCUGGACAAUCUUAGGCCAGAAGGAGACUUCGAACGCCCGAAACCAACACCAGUUGGUAAACCCGAUCGUGCCCAGAUCGUGAAGCAUGAGGAUAACUUGCGAGUCGAAGGAAACUUUGAAAGAGUAGAAAAAACAGUAUUUGUAGCUGGCGAACGUCCAAAACCGAUAAAGCCUGAUGAUAAUCUACGCCCAGAAGGAGAUUUUAUGACUCCGGAAAAACAACAGUUCCGUCCGGCCGAGCGUCCGAAACAGAUCAAACCUCAGGACAAUCUGCGCCCCGAAGGAGACUUCGAACGUCCACAAAAGUCCCCGAUCGGCCCUGGUGAACGUCCCAAACCGAUCAGACACGAUGACAAUCUACGACCGGAGGGAUCAUUCGAAAGACCAGAAAAGGCUACGUUCAAACCAGCGGAACGGCCCAAACAAAUACGCCCGGAGGAUAAUUUGCGUACCGAGGGUGAGUUUGAGAAGCCCGAAAAGCCACAGUUCCGGCCGGCCGAGCGUCCGAAGCAGGUGAAACCGCAGGAUAAUCUGCAAAUCGAGGGAGACUACAACACGUUCAAGGAGUACACGGAACAGAAGCAGCGCAAGGAAGCCAUACUAAAGGAGGUGCAUGAACCGGGCAUCGCCGACGGUGCGGUACUGGUGACCACGCAAACGGUCACCACCAUCCUGAAGGGAGAGAAGAAGCAGCCCACCGGCAGACAGGUCACUAGCAACGAGGUGCACGAUCACGCCACCCGCUCCGAGUCAGAGUCAUUCACGCACAGCCACAGCCAGCAUCAGCAGCAACACCAUACCAGUGAGCAGGUCUCUAGUUCUACUGCCAUCAAUCGAGCGCAGCGCAUUGAAGCUAGCACCAACGAACGCGAUCAAACAACCUCGCAACGAUCUGCGACGAAACAUUCGCAAUCGAUUCAUGACGUUUCGGGCCGAAAUGUUGCCGAAUCGAUUACCAAUCACAGCCAGCAUCACGUGGUUAAUGGCAAAACGGUUGUCGGCGGAAUGACGGAGCACCAGAGCCAUAGCAGCCACAGCCUGAAGUCUUCAUCCUCCAGCUCGAAGGUGCAUCAGACAAGCUCCUCCACCAUGCAGCAACAUUCAUCAGCCAUCAAGAGCAGCAGCAGCAGCAGCAGCAGCAGCAAUACUCAUCAACACCAGGAUUCUCUUCAUCAGCUACAGCACGGAGAGACACGUCACACGCGCACAAACGGUACGAUCGUAACAGGCGAUGAUGGAGGCCCACUGCCGGGAGGAGUUCAGCAUCACACACGCGAACAAAUGACCGGGUCACAGGUUUCUUCCUCCAGCAGCAAGGUCGUAAUUGAUGGAAAGGUCGUAACGGAUAAAUCCGCAUCGUCGAAGCUCGCGUCCGAAAAGCUUGCAAUCGACGGGGUCGUCGUAACGGAUAAAAGCUUCGUCGAACGCCAGAAAACAGGGUUCGAUGGUAUGGAAAGCAUCUCUAACGUACAGACCACAGGACAGAAUGUACAUGGGGCAACAAGCAGCAACCUCCAGGACACGACCUCCACUUCCACGGGCAGCCAUUCGUCUACAAAGACGCAGUCUCAAACACGCUCGACGAACAAUAUCAUUCACGCCGAAUCAUCCACCAACGGACACCCAGUCGGGCGACGUAACGGUUCACUGACCACCUCAAGCCAGGCCGGAUCCGGCCAGAUGGCGGAAACACAGGUGAAGAAACUGAUCGGUGGAAAAUGGGUCACCAAGACGAUCAAAACGGAAAGCAAGUCAUUCGCUCAGGAUCAUCAUCAACAUGAAGCAGUGCACGGCGAUAGUAAGAUGGUGCAUUCGGAUCACGUGGCACGUCAGCAGCAUCAGACGCAGAGUGCCGGUACGGAAAUGCACUCUCACUCCAUAUCCACCUCCAGCUCGUCGGUUAGCAAAUCUCAAUCGAGCAGUACGAUCGUGAGCGAUAAGACCGUACAACGGGGAGUGCGUGAAACGACCGUGUCUGCCGGUUCGCCUUCUGGCCGCCCUGCAGCAGGAGCACGUGGAGGCUCAAGCAUUGUGUUGGGUGAGUCCACCAUUGAUAGUAGCUCUUCCAAGCGACAGCAGACAAGCACCACCACCAAGCUGAUUGGAGGAAAGCUCGUCCACGUGACAAACGCCAGCGAUAGCAAUAACAACAGUUCCGCCGGCAAAGCGUCUGCCCAGAACGCAUCGAAUGCUCACCACUCUUCACUGCAGGAGCAGCUGUCCUCCCAGACCGCGUCCUCCACAUCCACAGCCUCGAACGUGAUGAAGUCGAGCCGAACGAGUGAAUCAAGCACCACCCGCAACACGAGCACGAUCGGACAGCAGUCCUCCACGUCACAGCAGCAGCAGCAGCAGUACAAUCGGAAGAACACCUUCGCGUCGUCAGAGAACGUGAACAACUCGAUCCUCUGCCGACCGGCGCAAACGUCCACCGCCACCACAACGCAGCACGCCGCCAAUGGGGUGGCCGGUGGCAUGAGCGUAUCCGGCUCGAUCCAGCGCAAGAGCAUCUCGAACCUGAACGACAGCGCCAUGUACUCGACGACGAACCGCACCAGCUACAGCUCGCUGCACCGCCGCGGCAAGGAAUCGGCCGAAUCGAGAAUGCAGGACUACGUGAAGACGCUCGAAACGGGAACCAUCACCAACCGGACGGUGCGUGGCCAACCGUGUCCACCACCGACGCUGGCCAGUACGGGGCUAUCGAACAGCAGUAGCACCGCGACCGCGAGCUCCUCCACCAGUAUGUCGGCGGCGAAUCAGAAAUCGCUGCGCGACUACCACUCCGCCAUGAACGUCACGCGCAGCUCGUCGACCAAAGCGAACGCGUCCAGCAUCUCGUUCGGGGACGACAAGUUCCACGGCACCAGCUCGUACAAGGUGCAGUACAUCCAGCAGCACGAAGGGCGCUGCCCGGCCGCCGCACAUGACAACAUGAAGCUGUCGAAGGUCACCAAACAGCACACGUACUAUGUGCGGGACAAGAAGUAGGCGGAGAUCGUUAGAGUUGAAGCGGCAUAAAUGUUUUGGAUUAUUGUUUUUUUUUUAAUAUUGUUUUUGUUUUAAUGCUUUUUAUAUCGUUUUGGAUGUGAUCCAGUGUUACAGUCUGAUAUACCCAUGCGUUAGGCAUUUCAGUGAACAUUUUAUCAUCGACUCAUUAUUACAA